AUGCCUAAACCCGACAGACAUGUGGAUUGGCUCAACAAUUAUUUCAAGGUCAACAAUGUCAAUGGAGACCUAAAGUUGAGAAGUGGAAAAAUUGCAGAAUUAUGCAAUAAAGAACUUAAGACGGAGGCCUGGACUAAGGGACCAUCGCCAAAAAAUCGGCGAAUAAUGACCAAUGGCGUUGACGCACAGACAGUAGGACGACAUAUGCAGGAGCUCAAAAAGAAGAAAUUCGGAAAGCCGCGAGCCACACGUCGCACUCAAAGCGCGAUUAAUAGGAUCGAAAGUAUCCUUGCGAAGAGAGAUGAUGGACGUCUAUUGACAGGCGAUAGAAUGCUUCUGGCGAAGUUGAACCAAACUAAUCCGGAAAAUAUUAAAAAUUAUGUUGAAGAAAAGGCCAGAAAAGAAGCUAAGAGGGCGAAACAAGCUGGUGGACAAGUACUCCAAGAUUGGGAGGCCCGAAGACGCUCGAUGGUAGUGUCAAACAAAUAUGCUAACAAGAUGUGGGCAGAGUAUAACAAACCUGGAAAGAAGGACGAGUAUCUGCAAAAGCUAGAAAAUGGCCUGAUCAGUCUCAAGACAGGUGACGCUAUCAAAGGAAACUCGAUAAACCACCCAGAAUCAUCUUUGAAUCCAGCAAAUGGAUACAAACUAAGCACAAGUGAUGGUGGAGGUGACGACGAAGCUAUCGAUGCAGAUGCCAGCGAGGCUAUCGUAGACGACGACUAUUCGGUUGAUAAUGACAUGGAAAGCGAAUCUGGAUCUCAGACUGGAUACGACUCCGUGGCUGAUUCACCAGAGUACCCUGACCAUAUGGAUGAUCUCCCCCCAUUCCCGACGCAGGUUGAAACUGGUAUCAACAAUAAAAAAUUGAACCUGGCUGAAGGCAAUGCUAAGAACUCUGGGUCGCAGAUGCAUUUCAAACAACAUCACUGCAAUACGAAUAGAAAUUCAGUAUUCGAUAAUGCAGAAAUCGGCGUACCUAAUCCGAGAACAAACUUUUUCGAGUAUGCGGCCUCCAACACCCGGGCGAUGAUGCAAGACAAGGGUCAUAUGACGGCAACCAUGCAACCAUACAGAGACAAUACCCCUUCGAGACACAUGCACAUGAGCCUCGCACCAAGUCCUCAGGUUCAACCAAGCAGAUGUACCGGUGAGCCUAUGAGACAAAGACAAAAUGAGAGAUCUUAUGUCGGCCCUCGUGAGGAACAAGAUAUGAGAGCUAGUCGUGUAAGCUAUCAAGUCCAUGACAACCAACACAGAUAUCAGGACGCGCCUCAAAUGUUGUCUACUUCCCAGCUAAAUAAGAGAAAACAACCUCUAUUUGAUCAGGGAGUACUUGACGUCAGACCAUUGAAGAGACAAUGCCAACCUGGAGAAUUUUUCGUACCAGAAAGACAACCCGAGCCUGAGCAGCGUUUCCCAUUCAAAUAUCCGCAAAAUGGACUCGACUUCGAAGAGAGUGAUGUCGAAGAAAGUCUUGAGCCAAGUUCGGACGUUGGAGCCAACCAAAAUAGGGUCGUCGAUAGCAUUAUCAUUGAAGAGCCCAAAGAAUUGCACGAGCGUGAUAUGCAUCUACUCGCUGCAUCUGCUGUGAGACCUAGCAAUCAUGAAGAUGUCGAUCAGGGAAGAGAGGUCGACUUCUGGGGCAUCGUAGCGCACCCCGAGAGUGGACUUCGGACUGAACAGGCUUUCAGUAGACAGGGUCGAGAAAGUGUUCUUUUGGGUCGUCGGUCUGGCGAUAAGCCCGAAAAUGCAAUCGUCAUCCCAGAGAAUUGCGAAGAGGUCGAAACUGUCGAGCCAAGCCAAGGCACAGGUCAUCAAAUCAGUGUUGACGCGAGACAGCCUGUCAAGAUGGACGACAAGCCUGGCUAUCUCGAGAGUGCCUCGAGUCCUAAAGGUUAUGCCAACAUUUGGUAUUCCCAGGGUAGGGUUCAAACAUGUGAGAAGCCAAGUGAAAGUCCUUGGCAGGCUUCCCACCAUUUCGAUGGCAUUCCAACUGCUAUUUCUAUGCGACCAACACGAAGAAGGUCUUAG